AUGUCUGUCAUUCAACUUGAAGAACUCGUCUCUUAUCAACUUCGCACAAGCUAUCUUGACGAAAUCGCAGAUGGCGUCGGAGAACGCCUUCUUAACGUGAACGAUGGCUUCAUAAACUCGGCUCCCUUCAAAGCCGCGGGCUGGCGACCAAACUCCUCCCACCACAAGCGCACACAUUCACCUCCGAUUCCCACCGCGAUCGCUUCCGAAUAUUUCCAAGCACCAAAGCAAGCUGGACUCACGCUCGAGGACGGGGAGGAAGAUGGCGGCAUGCUCACAGCGGCCGGAUCCGACACCAUGGGCCCAGGAAUGGCUACGAGGCGACGCAGGCGUCGCGAGCAGAUGGAAGAGGAAGACAGCAGCGAUUUGAGCGACGAGAGUGAUGACGAUACGGACCAAAGGGCCGCGCAGCAGAUCAAAUUCGCCAAAAUGCCGGUCAGAAACAGAGCGGGCUCCUCACCACUACAGAACACGAAUCUUCGUCAGGUUGGGACUGUUUCGCCCAGGGCUCCUCGCCGAGGCUCACAGUCAGCGCUGGGGACAGUACAGGAGAGGGCUCGUAGGGACACGGUCACAAGUAGUGAAAUAUCAUCCGAAAACGAAACCGACAUUCCGACUGUGCAACGAUACCGAGAGGCUGCGCGUGCUGCAACGAGAGCCGCAAAGCUUCAGGCUAGAAUUAUGGAGGAGCCUACACCUGGCAUCCAGCGAGCAGAUACCUCCCUCUUGCCAGAAGAGGAAGAAGACUCUGACGAGGUUUCAGACAUGUCUGACGACUAUGCCGAGAGUAUCGACUCAGCAUCAAUUCUUGACGGCGUGGAGAACGCCAUCAACGCGUCGCCUACUCGCCAGGUCGUGGGAACACCACCCAAGAAUUUUGUACGACAAUCUACAAUUCGCAAAUCGAGACCACCCACCCAUCCCAUUGUCCUUGGAACGCUACCGCCUCCCAGGCCGAUGAGUAUGAUUCGGCCAUUGAGCGUUGCCCAGCCCAGGAGUUUGCUAUCAGCCGCUCUCAAAGCCAAGGACAAGAAGUCAUCCAUACCAUUCCAGAAAUUUGCGCAUUUCAGCGGCCAGGGCACCCAGGGGUCUAUUGCCGUGCGUAUAUAUGCCCCUUUUUCAAAAACGCCAAGCAAGCCAUUCCAGGUUCUUAUCCGGCCACGCGUCCAUGAUGGGCAAGGUGCUGAGAGGGUAGUGACAGUAGCGGACCUCAUCGGGUUGAGUCUGUACCGAUACAACGAGGAAAAGCUGGAUCCCCCUUUACCCAAGGGAAAACUCAAUAUCAACUGGUGGACUCUACGCAUGGUUGAAGAAGGUGGCGAGGUCGAUGAUGACUUUCCUCCGUUUGAGAGGACCAAACCUUUGACAUCUUUCACGACGGUAAACAAUGCUGCCGCUCGAGGAGGAGGGCGCAUGCGAUCAAAUUCAACCGCUUACGACGACUUUGCAUUGGCAGAGGCUUCAGAGGACGGGUAUCUUGAGAAUAAGUCGUUGACGCCUCAGGAGGACGAGGAAGAAGAGCCAGUAACUUCACAGGAUAGUGGUGGCGGUGUAGCUCUUGAUUCUGCCCUGCCAGAUGAGGAUGCUACUCCUCGGGGUACUCCAGGGCCGAACGUCAACUCUUUUCUUUCAGAUCGGCCACGGCAGAACCCCAUUGUCACAACGACGUAUAGAUCAAAUGCUCCUCCAGCGGAUAUGCCGCAGGCACCAGCUGCGGUUCCCAACACAUCCAGAGGACAGCAGAAGCUGCUUCGAGUUCAUAUCAUGUCGGCAGACGUGGCUCCAGGUCAGAUGGUAACACUUGAUGUGAUGACAGAUACAUACUUAGCCGAGGUGCUGGACGUGGUUUGCCGGAAGAGGCAGCUUGACAAGGCCAACCAUGUCUUGAAACUACCUAGUUCAGGAGCUGUCGUCAUGUUGGAUCGACCUGUAUCGUCCAUCGGAAAUGUCACGGAUCUUGAGUUGUACCGGCGACGGUUUGCAACCGAUGGCCCGUUGACGAUGGCUGGGUCGCCGAGCAGUUCAUCGCCAAAGACGUUCCCGUUGGCUGAGCAGUCCAUGCAAAAGCGCAAGAAGUCGCAAACGCCAAUGGUUGGCAGCCAUCCAUUGGCACGUGAGUCAAUGAAGCAAGACGAACUAAGCAACGCCAGUUACAAGAAGUACACGGUCUGGCGAAAACAGCCAAUGCGUAUUGUAGGCAUGAGUGAGCGUAUUCUGGUAAUAGAUGGCGAAUAUAUACACAUCAUGCCAGCGUCUGGUGGUAAGGCAUUACAAGACGGCUCAGGCAAGACAACAACAGUGCACUUCAGCAACGUAGUUGGAUGCAAAGUAUUCCGAAAGCAUCCCACAAACGUCAAGCUUAUUGUGUACAAAGCGACGGAAAGUAAACGGUAUGAUUUCGAAGCCCGCAGUGCGCUGGAAGCGGCUGAAAUAGUGGAGGAACUCAAGAAAGGCAUGUUCAAAUGA